UUAAAAAAAAUAUAUAUGCAGACAUCCAGGUCCUGUAUAAAUUUUACCUGCAACAAUAAUCACCAUCUUUGUCUCGUCGUUUUUCACCUAAUACCCAAGAAUCCCACUAAUCCCAGCCCCCUUCCAUCCUUAUCAUCAUCACAAUCGCAAAACAUUCGCCGCCUCGUUAAUAACCCCAGAUCGAGCAAAAGUCUUCGACCUGAAUGGCAUUUCAUCCAGUCGGCUGGUCGCAGCGUUGCAAACCGGACUGCAGCGAAGAAACCUCCCGAAGUGCAGUGCGCCGCCCCUCCUCGCCCCCGUGCCCCCAGCAGACGCCGCAAGAUGCUCCGAGUGGAAAGUAACACCCAGCUCGCAGGGUUCACCGAGUUCGAGGAGGACAUCCUCUUCGACCAGGACGACCCGGACUUCGACGGGGUGACUUCCUUGUCGGCCGUGCCUGUCAUGCUCAAAGUUCAUGGGAACAUGUCUCUUGCCAGUGUCCAUCCCGCCGAGCUCCACUCCAGUCAUAGCUCGCUGACGACCCUCAGCCACAGUCUCGACGACAUCACCGAGGCCGCCUGGAGCCCCCAGGUCCACUCCGACCACGUCUUGACCAUCGAAGAACUGCGCCUUCAAAUGACCAGCUGCUUCACUUGCGGCGUGUCCUGGAGCGACAGCCACGUGUCGCUCGACUGCUCCGAGUGCGGGGGCUACGCCCUCGAGCGACCGUGCCCCGAGUGCGAGGGGGCUUGCGGCGCCAAGUGGAAGCGGGACCUGUCGAUGUCUCACGCCAGCAGUAAAGCUCGCUGGGAGGGGAAGUGCGCCAAGAAGCCCCAGCAGCCCCCCAAGAGCAGCCUCAGCUCGCAGGAGCUCAGUCUAAAGCUGGAGAAACUUAGUGCCAAUUCAUGACGCCAUUUCACCAUCUAACUUUCGUUUCAGAUUUAUAGAAAAUGUACCUAAACAGGGUUUACUGAUUAUUUAUAUUUUUCGUUAAUUAAAUUAAAUUAUGUAUGCAUUUUGUAUCGAUGCUGUGACUCAGUGAAACCUGGUUCGGUUGGGUUUUCUUGUGUUUUGACUGAAUCGUAAUUAGCCUAACGCAUCACCUGGUUACGACGCCGAUGGGCGAUUUGGUUUGUAAUUUAGGUGUCUUCGCUUUCUUUGGGUUUUAUAUUAAAACCAAAGUUUUUGACGUUUGUUAUAAGAAUCGAUAUUUUAUGGAAAUUUCAGUGGAUCCGCGAUCUAGUAGGCAAAUUGUACUUUGGAGAAUAUAGACCGUUGAUAUUAUUAUGAUAGUAUUUAUCAAAUUUCAUAUUUUUUUUAAUGGACUGAUUAUAAAGCAACUGUAAGUAUGCUCUAAUUUAAUAAAAUUUAUUAAUGCAUAAA